UGUUCAGGGCUGUGCGCCUGUUCUGAUUAUGUUGGGGUUUUAAUGCCAAAAUGACAUAAAAUGUAUGUUAUUUUUUUCUUUCUCACUGUAAAGUCAAUAAAAUACUUUUCAGUGAAAAAAAUGGUCUUAUAUUCUCCUGACAUUUAGACUGCAAGAUGAAACAGAGAAGGUAGAGAUUUUUAAUUUGUGGUGCCAUAGUGCAACCAUUUUUGGAGAAAUUCUGAUAAAACCAUUUACCUAUUUGGUGAUGUGAAACGAUGUCUUUAAUGUGGAAUGGGAAUUUUAAUAUAAUAUUUUAAGAAUAUUUUUUUUACUGGACUUGUGGUGUACUAUAUCUUUAAGUUGUGACUGGUUACAUAAAUAUUAGCAAUGGCAUAAUUUAACCAGACUGCGCGAGGUAGCACACUUGUAAAUAACAACAUUAUAAUAUGAACAGACGUUUUUUUAAAAAAAGGUUUACAAUUUGUAUUUUCGAGAAAAAUUAAAUCUUCACCACCCUGCGCAGUCGGGUCAAAACUGGCACAACUUUCUGCCGAGUCAUUGGGACAUACGCUCCUCCGGCCCGGGACUGCGCGCUCCUCAUCCUCCUCAGGUCCGCUGCUCAUCCUCCUCAAGUCUGCUCGUUUUCCACUUCUUGGCGCAGUCAGGUCUGAGAUGUCGGGCUCGGAGAAUGCUAAAUCAAGCGCACCGGGUUAUUGUCAGAUGUCUGAAGCGAUCCACGUCAGCGUCAAAGGUCUGGCUGAGAGCAGAGACUUCACCGUGAGAGAAGAUUGCACCGUCACACAGCUGAAAUGGUUUCUGGCAGAGGGUGUGGGAGUCCCGGCUGAGCAGCUGGUGCUGAUCCACUCUGGUCGCGUGCUCAAGGAGUCAGAACUGCUGAGUCAUCUUACAGCACGAGAUGAGUCAGUGAGCCUAUGCAUGAGCCAAAGGCCUCAGCUUUCGUCUGCUGCACCCACCAGUGAUCCAGCUUCGGAAAGUGUCCAGUCUGAGCUCACAGCUGCUCUUAAUCCUGACCCUGACAGUGUCACGCCGUCUCCCAACUCACCCCUUUGUCUGGUGGAAGGUCUGAACACUUUUGGCCUAACAAACAACAGGCCUGGCUUAUUCUCUGAACUCCAGCGGCAGAUGGAGAGCAGGCUGCUGGCUGACCCGGUGAUGCUGCGCCGUGUCCUGGGCAGCCCCUUCGUACAAACCACCCUGUCCAACUCCAGCCCUCAACUAACCCGACAGCUCAUUCUGUCUAAUCCCCAAAUUCAGCAGCUUCUGCAGACAAACACAGAGGUUGGAGAUACGCUUAACAAUGCUGAUGUCCUCACACAGGUGCUGGAGCUCAUCAGGAACCCUGACAUGAUCGAGGAUGUGAUGCUUGAUGAAGACAAAGCAUUAGGAAAUUUGCAGCCAAAGCAGGAAAACCCUGAAAACAUCAAUAGCGAUUCAGGUGGCCUUCAGAAGACUGACACAAAAUGUCUCAAAUUAUCACAGAUCGAAAUAGCAGUAACCCGAGUGGUGACAUCAUCUGGGAAACAACAGCCAAAUGAAGGAGAAAGAAAAAAGACUCAACCCGUCUCCAGUCACUCCUCAGAUCCUCUUGGAGAAUUGAGAGCUGAUCCGAACCCUCAGAACCCCCUCACUGCAGGCAUGCAGUCCCUGCUACAGGAGAUCACAGCCAGUCCCGGACUCAUGGAGAGCCUGUUGUCCGGGCCGUAUGUCAACAGUCUUCUCGACUGCCUCGGCCAGAACCCGGACCUGGCUGCACAGAUGCUGCUGAGCCACCCUUUGUUCUCAGGAAACCCUCAGCUGCAGCAGCAGAUGAGACAGCAAAUCCCUCUCUUCCUGCAACAGAUGCAAAGUCCAGAACUGCUGUCAGCCAUGUUGAACCCCAGAGCCAUGGAGGCUCUGCAACACAUCCAACAGGGCCUACAGACUCUGGCUACCGAGGUUCCUGCACUGAUACCUACAUGUCUGUCUUGCAGAGCCGGUGUUGAUGAUGAUGCACCUGAGCUAGUAUCUGAUUCUGUCCUCAACAACCAAUCCGAAAGUGGUCCUCGGGUUGCCGCGGUGACACAGCAGCAGCAGCAGCAGUUUGUCCAACAGAUGCUACAGGCGCUGGCUAACACCGAUCAUGAGGUUCACGUGGAGGAUGCUGAGUUCCAGGACGAGCUGGAGCAUCUGUGCUCAAUGGGCUUCGGAGACAGAGAGGCAAACCUGCAGAUCCUCAUCAGCACCGGAGGAGACCUCUGCACUGCAAUACAACAACUUCUCAGUCUCUGACACACACACACACACAUGCAUACUGUAUUGUAAGCACCUAGACUCAAAACAAAAUAUCAACGAUCAAACGAGAGACAUGCAAGAUACAUUUGCAUUGUCACACUUUUAAGACAUACUUAUAUGCAUUCCUUAACUUCCCUGACUAACCUCUGUCUGCAUUAUAUUCAGUCCUAGUAUUACAGUCCUUCUGAAAAUAAUGUACACAUUACAAUUGUUUUUAUUUUAUUUUAUUUUUUUAAAUAAUUGAUUAAAAAAGGAGUAGCACUUGGUUUAAUUUAACUUUUUUUUUUUUUUGAUCAACCACUUUAAGUAAUAAUUAAUAUGUGGAUUUGUUUUUCUGCUAAGAUUAUUGUAUUCAUCAUUAAGUGUAUAAUAUGAAAACAUCACAACUUCCUAGGAACCGCCUUAAAGAUGAGUGUUUUGUUUCAUGAUCCCUUAAUCCCAUUUGCAAUUGUAUUAAAUGGAGAAGCUGAAAACACAUAAUGUUGUGCCCUGCAUUGUGUAGCGAUUAUUAAAAACACUAGUCAAAA